AUGAUAGAGCAAGAUUCUGUAUAUUUGUAUCACUUGACCCUAAGAGCAGCCUCAGGAGCCUUUAGAUCAUGCACAGGACGAUUUCGAGGGUUAAAGAGAUCAGAAGAAAUCGUCCUAGCAAACUCCACAACAAUAGAACUCUGGAUCCCUGAUUCGGAUACAGGGAAGCUUAAGAAACAAACUAUUCAACAUGCAUUUGGUAUAAUACAAUGUAUAGACAAGAUACGAUUGGCUGGGGCUACCAAGGAUCUUCUUGUGAUUACAUCUGAUUCCGGGAAGCUUGUGGUUGCCGAAUAUGAUAAUGAACUGCAACGAUUCCACCCCAGGGUGCAAGAACCUCAUUCCAAGAGUUUCCUUCGGAGAAACACUCCCGGUGAGUAUCUUGCUAUUGAUCCCGAGAACCGAGCUUUGAUGAUAGCGUCAAUUGAACGGAAUAAACUUGUAUAUAAGGUAGAGUCGUCUACUACUACUAAAGACAGUACAUUGAAGAUGUCGUCACCGUUGGAGGCGAUGUCGAAGAACGCAAUUACGUUAGCCCUAAGCUCUUUAGAUGUUGGGUUUAAUAAUCCCAUGUUUGCAGCAAUUGAGAUUGACUAUACUCCGUAUGAACAGAAUGACAACGUGUAUGAUACCGUCUAUAGUGACGUCCAAUUGAACUACUAUGAGUUGGACCAAGGUCUUAAUUACAUCACCAAGUCCAAGCCAAAGAGUAUCCCUGGAUCGCCGUGUUCCAACAUUAUAGCUCUUCCUAAUACGGUAGGAGGCAUCUUGGUUACGUGCGAUUCCUUCCUUGUGUAUGAUCGACCAUCAUCAUCUUCAUCAACACUAUAUGUUCCACUUCCCAUACGAGAGGGAACAUCACUGACGAUCAUAGUCAACCACGUAGUACACAGGCUCCCCAAGGACGAGUUCUUUGUGUUGCUCCAAAGCAGUGUAGGGGACUUGUUCAAGUUGACUGUGACUAUGGACGAAGAUGAGCAGCUGGUCCGAGACAUUCAGGUCAAGUAUUUUGAGACGAUUCCUCCGUGCAACAGCAUCAACAUCUUGCGCAGUGGCUUCUUGUUCGCCAACGUCCUUAAUAACAAUAAGAUGUUCUUUCAAUUUGAGAGUUUGGGUGACGACGGUGACGAUAACUACAAGGUGCUACAUCUGAGCCACGAACUAACGGACGUUCACGGCCACCACCGAUUCAAACCAAGAUCAGAAAAGUAUUUAUCGCUAGUUGACGUACUUGACUCCUUGGAACCAAUAGUGGACGCGGUAUUGAUUGAACAUACUCUGAAACAGUCACCUGAUCCCAUCAAGAAAGUAGCGCUACUCUCUUCCAAAUCGUACUUGAAAGAGCUCCAACAUGGGUUCCAGACGUACGAGCUUGCACUGUCACCACUCCCUAUCAAUGCUACAGAUGUGUUUAUCACCAAGUUGACUUCCAGUGCUGUGAACGACGAGUACAUGGUGAUCUCUUCGUCGUUGUCUUCCCAGACCAUCGUCUUGUCUAUUGGUGAAGACGUUGAGGAGGUGACAGACUCCAACUUUGUAUUGGACCAGGCUACGUUGGGUGUCCAACAAGUGGGGAAACACUCGCUAGUACAGAUAUACGCCAAUGGGAUAAGACACAUUGACUCCACCACCAAGAAGACUACAGACUGGUACCCACCAGCAGGGAUCCACAUAGCCAAGAUGAGCACCAACAGCCACCAAGUGGUAAUAGCGUUGAGCAACUUUGAGGUGGUGUACUUUGAAGUCGAUGCGGUGGAUGACCAACUUAUCGAGUAUCAAGAUCGGCUCGAGCUCACCCAUGGUGUUUCGGCGAUGGGGAUGCUAUUGGCAACAGACUCUAAGAGUCCAUUUGUGAUCAUCGGAGGCACUGACGAAACCAUUCAGGUGGUGUCUCUCUCAUUACACAACUGUCUUGAAGUGAAGCUGAUGCAGGCACUCUCUUCCAACAGUACGUCUAUCUUGAUCAGGGGGAACAGUGUCCAUAUAGGGAUGGAGGAUGGGAUGUUUGUUACCACCAGCAUCAACCUUGCAACCGGUAAGUUGUAUGAUUCCCGAACGCAGUAUCUUGGGUCUAAACCCGUGAGACUUUCGGCCAUAAUGGUCAAUGGCGAGCCAUGUGUGCUUGCCUUAUCAACAGGAGCGUUUCUAGGCUAUUCUAUAGGAAAGGGAGGACCCUUCAAGCUUACUCCGUUGAUAGGUGUAGAUAUCACCAGUGGAGGUGCCAUUACCUCCGAAGAAUUGGGUGAGAUGCUCGUGGGGAUAAAUAGACACGACAUGAAGCUCUUUAAACUUGGUACCGAGGAUCAGGAACUUAGUACGCUAGAGGAAGAUCUCUUCAUCAGCUCAAAGCAGUUAAGGUUCCAGCCCAAACGUUUGGUGAUAAGGAACAACUUCAAGUAUAUCAUCGAGUCGGAAUACAAGGUCAAAAGUCCGGACUCCGACAUAAAGGAAGACAUACCGGUGUUUGGAUACACCAGCACGCCUAACUCCUGGGCUUCAUGUAUUCAAGUGCUUGAUGCUAGCAAUGAGAUAAUACAAACAGUGCAACUUGAAGGGAACCAUUGUGCAUUAUCACUUUGUUAUACAGGGUUUGAAGAUGACAACAUUAGUACUACUAGUACUACUGAAAGUUACUUGAUUGUUGGAAUGUCCAAGGACCUCCAAUACCUUCCAAUGGCCUCUAACUCCGGCAAUGCGUUGAUGACGUUCCGAAUCUUCAAGGAUGGGACCUUAAAGCUCCUCCAUUCGACAGACAUAGAGGGUCCUCCCACGGCCAUGGUAUCGUUGGGCAACAGACGACUUUUAGUCGGCUCCAACAACUACUUGAGAGUAUACGGAUUAGGAAAGUCCCAACUCCUUCGGAAGAGCACCACCAGAGUCGAAUACCUUACAAAUGUCGUGCGACUUUGUUAUCAGGGUAACCAACGAGUGGUCAUAGGUGAUGCGAAUAAGUCUACAGUGUUUGCGACAUUUGAUGAUGUUCUGAACCAAUUCAUGAUGUUUGCUGACGACACAAAGAAUCGUCAAAUCACAUGCUUGACGACAUUGGACUACGACACGGUCAUAGGCGGAGAUAAGUUUGGGAAUGUGUUUGUCAAUCGGUGUGGGGCCCAAAUGUCUCGACUGGCUGACGAAUAUUGGUCCAAGUUCCAAGUCGACCGGUUGAACGGAUCUAGUGGGAGACUCACCAAUGUAUGUGAGUUCUACGUUAAUGAUGUUCCAACGUCAUUUAUUAAAGGUUCAUUGAUAUAUGGGGGGGAAGUCGACCCCAUAAUAUAUACUGCAGUUAAGGGCACGGUGGGACUCUUAUUACCAUUAUCUACAAAGUCCGAGGUGGAGUUCCUCAUGUCCUUGGAACUGACUAUGAAAAAGUAUCUUGAUUAUAACUUUGAUGACUUCAACAAGAAUACAAAGGGGUAUAAUCUUUUGGGGAAAGACCAUCAAAAGUUUAGAGGAUAUUAUAAUCCUGCUAAGAAUGUCAUUGAUGGAGAUUUGAUCGAAAGAUACUUUGAACAACCGGUGAGUAUAAAGCAAUUGGUAGCCAAGGACAUGGAAAAGACUAUCAGAGAAGUUGAAAAGAAGAUCCAAGAUCUUCGUCUCCGAGUGGCCUUUUAG